AUGGACAACCUCCGAGUCGCCAAAGUCGACAAUGUAACGCUCGACCGGCUCCUCCCACCUUCAUCUCCCUCCUCCUCGUCCUCCCCAAUCCCUACAUCCCUCCGACAAAGCGGAACGCUCCACCUGACACCACAUCACCUCAUCUUCUCGCCUUCAUCUUCGGCCGAAGGCGAUACAGGCGAAAUAUGGAUAUCUUAUCCGGCCAUCACGCUCCUCACUCGCUUGCCACAAACGUUCGGCGGGAAGUAUCCGUUGCAGAUCCGGACGAGGGGGUUUGAUAGCUACGUGCUGACGUUUGAGAGGGCGAUGGAGGGCGGGGCGGAAGAUGUGUGGUUGAGCGUCAAGGAUUGUGCUGUCGCGAUAUCGGUGGAGCAGCUCUAUGCUUUCUUCUAUACCCUACCCACACCCGCGGUCUCUUCAGGCAGCACCAUAUCCACCUCCUCACACACAUCUCCGCUUGAUGUCGGCGGAAUACCGCACCCGCCCUCAGCCUCCUCUUCGUCAGGCUGGUCCACCUUCAGCCCCCGUCUCGAAUUCGCGCGACAAGGUGUCGGAUCCCGCACAAAAGCCUGGCGGUUUACAGACAUCAACAAGGAUUACAGCUUUUCGCCUACGUAUCCUGCCAAGAUGGUCGUCCCUAGUCGGAUUAGUGACUCGACCUUGUCGUAUGCUGGAAAGUAUAGGAGUAAGGGCAGAAUACCGGCUCUGACUUAUCUACACUGGGCGAAUCAGGCUUCCAUGACGCGCUCAUCCCAGCCUAUGGUGGGACUGAAGAACGCUCGGUCGGCGCAAGAUGAACGCCUCGUCGAGUGCAUCUUCUCCUCCCACCAAUUCCUCGAUACAGCCUACACUGCAUCCUCUUCCACCCCUACCCCUAAUCCUCUCACUUCCUCGACUUCCACCCCAGUCUACGGCGCCACCUCCACCAACCUUAUCGUCGACGCCCGUCCAACCGCCAAUGCUAUGGCCAACGUGGCCAUCGGGGCCGGCACGGAAAACAUGGAGAACUACAAAUCCGCCAAGAAGGCGUACCUCGGGAUCGACAAUAUCCACGUCAUGCGCAACUCGCUCAAAGUCAUCAGUGAAGCACUGCGCGACGCCGAGGCGCCGUCUAUCGGUAGUAGCACCCAAUCCGGCGCUCCGCCCCUCGACCGGUCGUUGCUCCGGAAAAGCAAUUGGCUCAAGCACGUCUCGGCGAUCUUGGAGGGUUCACUCCUGAUCAUCCGGAAUAUCCACCUGAACGCGUCGCACGUCCUCGUCCACUGCUCGGACGGGUGGGAUCGGACCGCCCAACUGUGUGCCGUAGCCCAGAUCUGCCUGGAUCCGUACUAUCGGACCCUGGACGGAUUCAAGGUGUUAGUAGAGAAGGACUGGCUGGCGUUCGGACACAAAUUUCUCGAUCGAUCAGGACACCUCUCGUCGGAAAAGCUGUUUACGGUCACGGAUGCGCCGGACGAGGACUCGGAUGAGGAGGGCGGUGGAGGCGGGGUAGGAGCGCAGAAGGUCGCUCAGGCCUUCUUUGCGUCGGUGCAAAACCAGUUCAAAAAGGGCGAUACGCACCUCAAGGAGGUAUCACCCGUUUUUCACCAAUUCCUCGAUUGUGUCCGCCAAAUCCAGCGACAGUUUCCGGACCGGUUCGAGUACAACGAGCAAUACCUCCUCGAUAUUUAUACGGACCUCUACUCGUGCAAAUUCGGUACAUUCCUAUUCAAUAAUGAGCGGGAGAGGCGGGUCGCGCCGGAUGCGAGUCAGGCGGGGUCGUUGCCUUAUGUCGAACGUACUGUCUCGGCCUGGGAAUGGUAUGACCGACCCGAAGUGCGGAGGGGGUAUAUCAACUCCACGUACGAUGCGAGUCUGGACGAUCCCAAGAAUCGGGGAGAAGGGGCGGAUCAGGGGGUGCUCAUGUUUGAUCCGAGGGACGUGAGGUGGUGGUUCCGUCUCUUUAGGCGGGGGGAUGAAGAGAUGAAUGGCCCGUCCCCGUCUUUUCAGGCUCAGGCUCAAGGACAGCCGCAAACGUCGGGUGUGGGGGUGGGGGCGGAUAUGGUGUUUGUGAACCCGGGACAGGUGGAUCCUGUUUCGGCACAAGGGGUAGCGGAGGGACUAGCAGGACGGGGAGAAGGGUUCGUCACCGGUCCUGGCGUGCAGGGGAGUAGAGGACCCUCUCCUGUUCCUGGACGCAAGGCGGUGAAUCCUGCUCUGAACGGAGUGAGCGGGAAAGGGACGUAUCGCGGCAUCGAAUCGACUUCGUCUGCCUUCUCGCUUCAGACCGCUGGACACCCCACUCCGAAUCCCGAUCUAUCGUCCUCGUCUCAGUUCCCGUCAGCCGGUGGGUGGGGAUGGAACCAGUUCUCGUCUGGCGCAUACUCGGCGCUCUCGCGUGGUGCACGGGAGAUAAGGACGAUAGGUGAGGGGGCGUAUAAUCAGAUUAGGGCGGAAGUGGGGGAGACGCAGGAGACUGGGGGAGCGGGGACGGGGAUAGGGGAGGGACGACCGGGAGGUGCGGCGGCGCCAGCAGGGAGAGGGGUGAGGAUGCCGAGUGAGGCGAAUCCUUGGUCUUUGCCUUCUUCUGCUGGCGGGGGCGGGACGGGCGCUGGACCCUCCUCCUCCGCACUUCAGGGAGACAUGCCUAUCCAGCCUGCGCCAGGCGGUGAACCUAAGCUGCCUGCGGGAAAGCAGGCGUCAGCGGAACAGAGCGAGAGGGAGUUGGAAGCUGCGAUGGGAGGGGAUAGUAGGGCGUGGGACCCGCUUGGAGCUGCUUGA